AUGAGUACGGGCUGCGGUGACAUCUUUGCGGCAAAACUACUAAGCUUGAUGACAUGUGCUACUUGCCUGGUAGAUACAGCGGUCUCGGGCGAAGACUCCCAGUCAUUAAAUGAGAAGGCCAAAAGCUGGAUUCAAGCCGUAGUGUCAUGGGUCAAGACCCUCACGAGCCACGCAAGACUCACUCUAGACGUCAUUCAGGUCAAACAUUUAUUGUUAUUGGCGAGGCAAGCUGUUGGGCAUGAGGGAGACUUUGCUUGGCUGGCUGCCGGCUCGUUAGUGCGUGAGGCCAUCACUAUUGGCCUUCAUCGAGAUCCUUCGCAUUUCAAAGGACUGUCGCCCUAUUGGGGCGAAAUUCGCAGGCGGCUCUGGCUAACCAUCAUUGAACUGGACCUCCAAGCCGCCCUGGGAACGGGGGCACCGGUGACGCUGUCCGAGGAUGAGUAUGACUGCGCCCCGCCAUCUAACAUCGACGACGAAGACCUGUUGGUGGACUCUCCCGUUGCCCCUACCCCCAAGCCAAUCACCGUUCUAACUAGAACAGCCUUCCAGGUCAGUUUGGCCCAAACUAUUGGGGUCCGGAUUAACAUCACCAAGGCGGUUAAUCGUGUGCGCUUGACAUUAAGCUAUCAACGAAUUCUGGACCUCAGCGAGAUGCUUACUAGCGAAAGGUCACCGGCACUUAUCGGAGAUGCCAGCUGUGAGGAUGAUAGCCGCCGCUGCCGGUUGGCCUUUCGCCAAUCCCUCUUUCUCUUUCUGAUAUCCCAAUGCCUCCUGACUCUGCAUCGAGCCUUCUUUCUGAGUCUUGCCGAGACACGCAAGGAAACAUAUGCUUUUUCCCGUCAGAUGUGUGUCCAAGCUAGCCUGGCUUUGUUGGCUCCCCUGGAGAUUUCCGCAGACGAUUUAGACCAUGGCCCGGACAACGAACAAAGAACAGUGUAUCCGUAUCUUUUGCGGCUGCGGGGUGGCAUGUUUCGUGACGAAUUCUUUCACGCGGCCGCAACGCUUUGUUUUGAGCUGCAGCUGCAGGCGAAAGACAAACCAUUACUUCCCUUGCCCGGUUCCGUACAGGGUUUCGUGGAUAAAACCACCUCCUAUCAACGGACAGCAUUGUUCCACAAUGUGGAGAAUGCUAUUCGAUAUUUUGAAUUGAAAGUUCGGCAGGACAAGCAGGCUUGCAAAGCAUUUAUGCUUCUGAACAUGGUCUUGAACUCAGCUCAGAGCCAAAUGCCGUCCUCUAACUCUGAACAUUGUGCAAGUAGCGGUACACAUUCGGAGAGCUUUGACCCAAACGACGCCUGUCCACGAGCAGCCCGGCGAUGCCGAGAGCUGCUACUAGCUGAUGGAGGACUCUUAUAUCUACAGGAAGCUGAGGGAUGGCUAUCGUCGUCGGGAGGGUUUCCUUCUAUAGUUUAUCCAGCCAGCACUCCCAUUGACUAG